GCGGGCCGGGCCGGGCCACACGCUGCUGCGCCGAGGGUCGGGAUGCCGCUGCCCGCGCUCCGCUGCGCCUUGCGGGCCCGCCCCUGGAACGGGGCUGGGCUGAGGUGGAAACACGCUUCCUCUUUGAAGGUCGCCAAUGAGCCCAUCCUGGCGUUCACCCCGGGCAGCCCUGAGCGAGAUGCACUGCAGAAGGCCUUGAAGGACCUGAAGGGCCAGACGGAAGCCAUCCCGUGUGUGGUGGGGGAUGAGGAGGUGUGGACCUCAGCUGUGCAGUAUCAGGUGUCGCCCUUUAACCAUGGACACAAGGUGGCCAAGUUCUGCUACGCAGAUAAGAACCUGCUCCAGAAAGCCAUCGGUGCCGCGCUGGCCGCCCGGAAGGAGUGGGACCUGAAGCCCGUGGCCGACCGUGCCCAGAUCUUCCUCAAGGCGGCUGACAUGCUGAGCGGGCCGCGCAGGGCAGAGAUCCUCGCCAAGACCAUGGUGGGCCAGGGUAAGACAGUGAUCCAGGCCGAGAUCGAUGCCGCGGCAGAGCUCAUCGACUUCUUCCGGUUCAACGCCAUGUUCGCCAUGCAGCUGGAGGGGGAGCAGCCCAUCAGCGUGCCGCCCAGCACCAACAGCGUGGUGUACCGGGGGCUGGAGGGAUUCGUGGCUGCCAUCUCUCCCUUUAACUUCACUGCCAUCGGCGGGAACCUGGCAGGGGCGCCGGCCUUGAUGGGCAAUGUGGUCCUGUGGAAGCCCAGCGACACCGCCAUGCUGGCCAGCUAUGCCGUCUACCGCAUCCUCCGGGAGGCCGGGCUGCCCCCCAACGUCAUCCAGUUUGUGCCGGCCGACGGGCCCACCUUCGGGGACGCCAUCACCAGCUCUGAGCACCUCUGCGGCAUCAACUUCACGGGCAGCGUGCCCACCUUCAAGCACCUGUGGAAGCAGGUGGCCCAGAACCUGGACCGGUUCCGCACCUUCCCGCGCCUGGCCGGAGAGUGUGGCGGGAAGAACUUCCACUUCGUGCACGUCUCGGCCGACGUGGACAGCGUGGUGAGCGGGACCCUGCGCUCGGCCUUCGAGUACGGCGGGCAGAAGUGCUCUGCCUGCUCGCGCCUCUACGUGCCCAGCUCCCUGUGGCCCCAGAUCAAAGGGCGGCUGCUGGAGGAGCACGGCAGGAUCAAAGUGGGCAACCCCGCAGAGGAUUUCGGGACCUUCUUCUCCGCAGUGAUCGACGCCAAGUCCUUCGGCCGCAUCAAGAAGUGGCUGGAGCACGCCCGCUCCUCACCCAGCCUCAGCGUCCUGGCGGGGGGCACGUGUGACGACUCGGUGGGCUACUUUGUGGACCCAUGCAUCGUGGAGAGCAAGGACCCCCAGGAACCCAUCAUGAAGGAGGAGAUCUUUGGGCCGGUGCUGACCGUGUACGUCUACCCAGAUGACAAGUACAAGGAGACCCUGCAACUAGUUGACAGCACCACCAGCUACGGCCUCACAGGGGCAGUGUUCGCCCAGGAUAAGGCUGUCAUCCAGGAGGCCACGAAGAUGCUGCGGCACGCCGCCGGUAACUUCUACAUCAAUGACAAGUCCACUGGCUCGGUGGUGGGCCAGCAGCCCUUUGGGGGCGCCCGAGCCUCUGGAACCAACGACAAGCCGGGGGGCCCCCAUUAUAUCCUGCGGUGGACGUCACCCCAGGUCAUCAAGGAGACCCACCAGCCUCUGGGGGACUGGCGCUACUCCUACAUGCAGUGACCCGCGGGGACGCCGUGGCCAACUCUCCGCCUUGCUCCCUCCAGACAAGCCCACGGGGCGCCCAGCCACCUGCCCCCUGGGACAGCCUGGCCCUGUCCACCCUCUCCUGCCCCGUCCCAGCCC